AUGCAUAUUGCACACUCGGUGGAUGAAUCUCCGUCUCCGACUGAAGAGCACGGUAGAUCGUCAGCGGCGGCGGCGGUAGAGGCAGAGGCGGUGGGAAGAGGAAAUGUGAAAGACAGAAGGAAGAGAGACUUUGUUGUUGUUUAGAGGAGAAGAAGAAUCUGAUCCAAGUUAUAAUAGAGACACACACAUACACAUCUAUACUUAUAUAA